AUGCCUCUCAGAACGAAAGUCAGCAAGGCGAGAGAGCAAGAUGUCGACGAUGCGAUGGAGAAGGCAGCCAAAUCGUUGGACAAGUACUACAAAGCACUGGGAGACUUCAGAGAUCUGAGUGACAAAAUCGAAAAGUGCGAAGAUGAUAUGGAACAUUUUUAUAAGCAACUUCAUCGUCGUCAAUACAGUACAACCCAGGAGAAGAUUCGACUCGAAGACAAAUACAAUCUGGCACGCAGGCACAGUGAACACUUUCAAGAGCAAUACGACCGCGCUCAUGGCCGCGUCGACAGCGCCAAAGCUACGCUUGACAGACACCGAAAGGAGUACACUGAGCUUGACGCUAUGUUCGAGGACCAAGAGGAUAAGCGCAUGGCUGCGGCAUUCAAGAAGUUGGACGAGGAAGAACGGGAGCGUCGACAGUGGUUCGAGGCAAAGCAGCGACGACGUCGACCCUCUCACAGCCGCAAGGCUGGACCAAGCUCUGAUCAAGCUCCCCGGCCGGAGUAUUCGCGGCACUCCUCUCGAAAACACGACCAACAACCACGCCAACCUCCCCAAGGCCAGCAACACCCACCCCGUUCCCAAGACCAACCCACGCGUCCAGCCCCUCCCAACCGCAUGCCCACAGAGCUAACCAUCACCAGCUGGCGUCGCUAUGUCGAUGACUGCUUCAAAGACUACUCUUCUAUCAAGGAAUUCCCUCACCCACCAAUCAUGGGCAGACAUGAUGACCCAGCAUCGUGGGAGAAAGACCUCAAAGCCUUGUUCCGACAGCUCGGUGAGAUCGACCUCAAGAAAGAGUCAUAUCGCUGGCAUCCUGAUAAGUUCUCGCCGUGUGAGGAAGGUAAGAAGGAGAAGUUUCAGGUGUAUGCGAGGGAGGUGUUUGUGGUGUUGAAUGCGAUGGCGAAGGAGAAGUAG